CGCUGUCUGUUGUAUUAGUGGCAAGUGCGCUUCUCUGGUGCAGAUAAGUGCAGCCGGUGCUGGUGCAGAAUUACUUUUGAAACCAUUUGCAAUGGCGGCAACUGGCACAAAAGGAAAGCUUCUUAGAGUUAUCGACGAUAUGGAAAUAAUCGCAAAGGAACUCGUAGAAAAUUUACUGGCACCGAAGGCGCAAAAGUUGUCUUCACAGGAGCAUCUUCAGUUGGCUAAGAUGCUGGUGGCUAAGGAUCUUGAACUGAAAGAGCUACUGCAGCAAGCGAGGCAGCAGGAAAAGGUGGAAGAAGUAAUAGAAGCCCUUCAAGAAGAGGUUGAUCGCCAAGACAAAGAUAUCCACAGCCUGCAGAGCAAUUUGAAGGAGGCUGAAAAUCUUCUGGCGACAGCUAUCUAUCAGGCAAAACAAAAGCUGAGUUCGAUCCAAAAGGCAUCGGAGAAACAGGUUUCGUCAGAGGAAUUGAUCAAAUACGCCCAUCGUAUCUCGGCGUCGUCCGCAGUCGCGGCUCCACACAACUGGCAGCAGGGGGAUACACGAAGACCAUACCCGACCGAUAUCGAAAUGCGACAGGGCUUCCUUGGCAGGAUGAGUGAUUUACCAUUACCUCCAGCAGACGCAAGCCGACCGAUGCAUGAGGGAAGUGGUACGAUAGGAGGCACCCCCGUUGGCAACGGACCACCUGGCAGUUUUUGGCAGAUAGGCACCUCAACAGGAUCAGGCGCACAAGACAUUAAACCUCAUCUGCCGUCGCUUGGUCUACAGACGGGAACUAUGGAUGUAAAAAAUGAAGACGUCGAAGUAAUGUCUACUGAUUCCAGUUCAUCCUCAAGCAGUGAUAGUCAGUAGAAGAUAACAGGGAUUCCUUAACAGAACUGUCGUUACAUUUCCAAUGAACUCCAAAAGCAAACAGAUUUGAUGAUUUGUAGUUCUAUUCGGAUCUAUUAUACACCUUUGCCAUGGCGUCGGAAUUCGCUAUAAACAAUAAUACGGCUGUAGUAAAUAUAUCUCGGCAUGGAUCAAGGUAGAGGAUAGGAGGCGAUGUGUAUUACUAACUUGUACAUACCUAUAACAAUUUACGAAAGUAAUAAUAAUUAUGCUGUUUAAUAAAAACUAAAUAAAAUUUAUAGAUGAA